AGACGUGAAACUCCUGAGCGCAAGACUUAAGACUGCGAAGAGGGCAGUGCAAAUUAAUACUAAUACUGUUAUUAGUAUUACUAGUAUUAUAACUUCUGGUUACUUCUUGAAUGGGAGUUUGCGAAGUUUAAUUUUAAUAGUUUAAGCACAGUCAAGUUUAAAAAGAUUAGUUACAACUUCAUUUAACGGUUUAUUAUGGAUGGUACUACAGAGAUCUUGACAUCUGUAUUCCCUCACAUGGAUCAAGAACUUUAUGCAUAUAUUGAAGGAGUCUUGGAUGGAAGUAAGGAUGAAUUCAAUUCUAUUGAAGAAGUAUAUGAUGCAGUUGGGGAGGUUCUUCAUGAAGUUGCAGGUGAAAAUAAGAAUGAAGAGGAGAUACGAGAGAUUUGUAGCCAACUGUUAUAUGCAUUGAAAGGAAACCUGGAAGAACCAGAUAACAAGGAACACAAAGUUUUGGAUGCCCCUGUACAUCUUGGGAGAAUGGCCGAACAGUUUGAAAACAAUGCUGAUGAAAUUAAAAGCAUCUGGAUGAAGCAACGCGACAUGGUUUCGCAAGUGGAUCAGAGAAAACUAGAAAAAGCAGAAGCUAAGCUAAAACAGAAACAAGAAAAGAGAGAUACAACAGAUAAGCCUGCCACUAAUCAGUUGAUAUCAAAUACAGAAGCAACUGCAAGUCAGUCAGUGAGUAAGAAAGAAAUUAAACUCGAAGCCAAAGGAAUGAACAAGACACAGGAUAUUAGAAUUGAAAACUUUGACGUUGCUUUUGGAGACAAAAUACUUCUUCAAGGAGCUGAUUUGACUCUUGUGAAUGGAAGACGAUACGGUCUGGUGGGACGGAAUGGAAUUGGGAAAAGUACUCUCUUGCGCAUGAUAUCAAUGAGACAGUUAAUGAUCCCUUCGCAUCUCUCUGUGUUACACGUCGAACAGGAAGUGGUGGGGGAUGAUACUUUGGCUCUUCAAAGUGUGUUAGAAUGUGAUGAAGUUCGACAGCGACUGUUAAGAGAAGAACAAGAGUUAACGGCUCGAGUAAAUGCUGCGGGGUCAGAUGGAGAUGAUCCGUUAACCAAUUCUCGUCUUGCUCAAGUUUAUGCAGAACUGGAGCACAUAGAAGCGGACAAAGCACCGGCACGAGCAUCUGUGAUUUUAGCAGGUCUUGGUUUUAGUGCUACGAUGCAAAGAAAAGCAACCAGGGAGUUCUCUGGUGGGUGGAGGAUGAGAAUAGCUCUGGCGAGAGCACUUUUCUCAAAGCCAGACAUUCUACUGCUCGAUGAACCCACUAAUAUGUUGGACAUGAAAGCCAUUAUAUGGUUAGAAACAUAUUUGCAGAACUGGCCCACUACUCUUCUUGUUGUAAGUCAUGACCGAAAGUUUCUAGAUGCCGUACCAACUGACAUUAUACACUUCCAUAGUCAUCGAUUAGAAUGUUAUCGGGGUAACUAUGAAGUGUUUGUUAAGACUAUGACUGAGAAACUGAAAAAUCAACAGCGAGAAUAUGAAGCUCAACAACAGUUUAAGGCCCACGUUCAGGAAUUCAUUGACAAGUUUCGCUACAAUGCUAAACGAGCUUCCCUAGUUCAGAGUAAAAUCAAAAUGCUUGAAAAACUACCAGAACUAAAAGCUGUAGAGAAAGAAGCUAUUGUGACUCUUCGGUUUCCAGAUCCUGAACAACUUUCACCUCCAGUUCUUCAGUUGGAUGAAGUGUCUUUUAACUAUGAAACUAGUGUGUCCAUUUUAAGUCGUGUGAACUUAUCGGCUAACAUGCAAUCUCGUAUCUGUAUAGUAGGAGACAAUGGGUCAGGAAAGACCACUUUGUUAAAGCUGUUAACGGGUGAACUUGAACCCACAGGUGGAUUCCGUCAUGCACAUAGAAACUUGAAGAUCGGUUACUUUAACCAACAUCAUGUUGAUCAAUUAGACAUGUCAGUAUCAUCUGUAGAAUUUUUGGCUGGAAAAUUUCCAGGUAAAUCAUCAGAAGAAUAUAGAAGACAAUUGGGAAGGUUCGGUGUAACGGGUGAUCUUUCUUUGCAACCUAUUGCAAGUCUUUCUGGUGGUCAGAAGAGUAGGGUUGCUUUUGCUGCAAUGUCCAUGCUUUUCCCUAACUUUCUUAUACUUGACGAGCCUACUAACCAUCUCGAUGUUGAGACCAUUGAAGCUUUAGGAGAAGCAUUAAACAAAUUCACGGGAGGAGUUGUGUUGGUAUCCCACGAUGAGCAACUAAUUCAGUUGGUAUGCAAGGAGCUGUGGGUGUGUACAGAAGGAACCGUACAUACUAUAGAAGGGGGUUUUGUAGAGUAUAGAAGAGCUGUAGAAAAUGAAUUGGCUGCCCAAGCUUAAUGUGGGAAAAGAAGCUGUAAGACACAAUAGGUUUAGCAUUCGUGCGAGCAUCUUUUGUUAUUUUGUCUAUAAUUAUAAUACGUUUCACUUACAUGUGUAUAUAUAUGUAUAUAUACCGAAUUGUGUAUUAAAUAGUUGGCAUUAUUCAUGAUGAUGAAAAAAUUGUCUGUUGUGAGAAAGUAUUUUAUACGAUAAUAAAGACUCGUUAGUAAAAAAGAAAGGUCUGUUUACCAGACUUAUUUUAAAGUCAUUUUGAAUGUUAACUUGAAAGUUGUUGGUAAUUUGUGUCCAAAGUUGUCACAAUUUAGUUAAAGUAAGAGAUGCUUUGCAAUACCAGAAUUUUUCUUAAUUUUUUUAUAUAAUUUUGUAAGAACUUUCUUAUUCUAUCAAAUGUGACAGGUGACCAAAAAUAAUUUUUCUUUCUUUGUCAAGAGAUAAAGCAUUGGUGGUGCAGAAAUGUUGUGUCUUACAGUUUUGGUGUUUUAGUGAAAAUAAAUGUAAUAAAAUAGAAAAAUUGUUUUGAAGGAAUAACAGUAAAGCAUGUUUUACUGUGAUUGCUGGUGCAACUUUAAAGGAUGACCAUGUGACCUACAGUACUAUAUUUAUCGUUUGGUUAAUAACCUGUUUUAAAGAUAAAUCAAGCCUAUAUUAUUUAUAUAAAUAUUUGUUUUUUUUCAAUAUUAUGUAUUUUGAAUUAUCUCCACUUGAUAAAAACCAUGUGAUCCUU